GGACUAGAUGACCGUUGGGGUCCCGUCCAACUUGACAAUCCUAUGGAAUUGUAGAAUUAGUUAGAAGGGACCACAAUUGUCAUCUAGUAAAAUCCCCAGCAACGCAGGAAUAUCCUUUGCCUAGAGUCAUGCUCUGCCAACUGAGCUAUCCAAGGUAUUGUAGAGGUUUUGUUUCUAUGAUUCUAAGUUAAUAGAUUAACUUAGGUUCAUUAGUUUCAGUGGGUCUACUCUGAGUAGGACUUUGUUGUUGUUUAGUCAUGUCCGACUCUUCGUGACCCCAUGGACCAGAGCACGCCAGGCACUUCUGUCUUCCACUGCCUCCCACAAUUUGGUCAAACUCAUGCUGGUAGCUUCAAGAACACUGUCCAGCCAUCUCGUCCUCUGUCGUCCCCUUCUCCUUGUGCCCUCAAUCUUUCCCAACAUCAGGGUCUUUUCCAGGGAGUCUUCUCAUGAGGUGGCCAAAAAUUGGAGCCUCAGCUUCACGAUCUGUCCUUCCAGUGAGCACUCAGGGCUGAUUUCCUUAAGAAUGGAUAGGUUUGAUCUUCUUGCAGUCCAUGGGAUUCUCAAGAUCUUGUUUCCUCCAGCACCAUAAUUCAAAAGUAUCAAUUCUUCAGCAAUCAGUCUUCUUUAUAGUCCAGCUCUCACUUCCAUAUAUCACUAGUGGGGAAACCAUAGCUUUAACUAUACGGACCUUUGUUGGCAAGGUGAUGUCUCUGCUUUUUAAGAUGCUGUCUCGGUUUUUCAUUGCUUUUCUCCCAAGAAGCAGGCGUCUUUUAAUUUCGUGACUGCUGUCACCAUCUGCAGUAGGACUUAGUUGGCCUUUGUCUUGACGUCCCCGCUCUAUAAGGAAAAGCCAGCUUUCCUGAAAAGAGACUGAACGGGUUAAAUGCAGAGAGUUCUCCUGCCUAGAGAGAUCCUGAAAUGGGAAAAGGGAGCAAUGCAUGUCACUUUCCUGUCCCGCCCCCCCUCUUUUCCUCUUUCUCGGUAGGGGAACCCACCCCCCACAACACCCCCACCCCCACCCAAAAAACUUCCCUUUUGCACAUUCCAGCCUGCGAUCAUAAUCGUGCAAGGAGUGUUGCCCGGGGACUUCCUGCCCGCCUCCCCUGGUGGAAAUCCUUGCAAGGAGAGGGUGAGUUCAAGGAGGUUGUGGGGUGUGUGUCGGGGGGCGGGGGGGGGGGGAAGCAUGAUUCAGAAGAGGAGAUCCCCAAGCAGGAGAAGCAGAUGCACAAGAGGAAUCAGGAGGGCAGGCGGGGAGGGGGGACAUCUGCCCCUUGAAACAGCUGCGUCCAAGCACGUGGCUUGCCAGGAUGCUUUCCUCUUUUGCACAUUGUAAAACAAAUCCUGUUCUAUGUAUUUGGGUAAUCUAGUUGCUUUUACACACACGGCCCCAUUUGCUUUGCACAUUUCAAGCAGCGUCAUACUGCUCCCAGCUGUCAUGCCCCCCCCCCCCCGAGAAUUGUCGGAGCUGUAGUUUGCUGGGAGACCCUCAUUCCCCUCACAAAACUACAGGGCGGCAUAUAAAUUCAGUAAAUGAAAUAAAAUGAAUAAAAAAUACUGUAGAUAAGGAGAGAUGGCGUAGGAGGGAGAGACUCACAAAUGCAGAACACACGAAAUUCAAGGCUAAUCUAAAAGGUUAAAUGCAAUUAAAGCAGCACUAUUAAAAUAAUGGAAUUAUACACCUGGCGGUCUCUAAUUCUUAUCUCAACCCUAGGCCCAGUUUGAGCUAAAAUGAGUUUGUGAUGAGCUCCCCAUUCACAGCAAUGGGGUUGGAGUUGGUCUUUGUGGUCAAAUGACUACUUUUAAAGGUUUGACAUUGGUAGUCCCGUACAUCAGACAAGGAGGCAAACCUUAACUUUGCCACUUUAGACAACAGGUGAAGGCUCACAUGCCUGAAUGUUUCUCCAUUAAAAUAUAGCAGGAUUACCUGUAUGUGGGAAAACUAGUAUGUCAGGGAAAAGUCUAGGCCAGAAGCUUCUUCCUGACCAGCUACUGUUCUGUGUCCAAGCUAUGUUUGUUUGUUUGUUUGUUUGUUUGUUUGUUUGUUUGUUUUGUGUGUGUGUGUGUGUGUGUGUGUGUGUGUCAUGUGAGUUCACCUCCUCAUUAGGAGACUCAGAAAAGGUUUCAUGACCUCCUCCGCUACUUGUGAGAAGGAAGUUUUCGUCCAAAUUAACUUUAGCAGGAUUUAGGCCUCGAUGUUCCCUGGUUUCCAUGGCAACCACAGCCAAGCAGCCUCUGAGCAGAUUACACAGAUUAAGCAGGUGUGCGUGCAUUGUGGGGAUUAAUGAUCAGAUCUAUUGUAAUCAAAUGCCCUAUUUCAUAUUCAGCUUCUCUUUUUAAAAAAGGAUUAUUAAAAAGUGAGGGUUAAUAAAAGCUGAUUUUUAGUUGGUUUUAAAUAUAAAUCUGUUACCUGUGGGCACACAAACACAGUAUGAGCUAAACAGAUUAUGUUUAGGAGAUAAUUUUCAUCACAUUAUUUAUUUUUUAAAAGGAACUGUUUACUGCCCCCACAUAAAAUAUCAGGGAAAUGUAUAUAGCAAUAUUUAAACAUUUUUUUAAAAGCAGUAUUAUCUCUUAUCUCUGUUAUCUCUUAAUGACCAAUGUUAAGUAUCAGGGUUAUUUAAUUAGAAAUAUAUAUAUGUUAUUCUGCCAAUGUUCAAAGAGGCGUUUGAUACUGAAAAACACCAGUCUCAGGCAAGGAUUAGACAAAACAUAAGCCAAAGUAAGAUGAAAUCAUAAAACAAAAUGCAACCCACAAAAUGACUACAAUUAUCUAUUUGUUAUAUAGCAUUUUAAAAUACACCUUAUUUUGAAUGGUUAUCCAUGGGGGUAAUUCCAUGAAAAUGUCAACCUCUUAAUCUUUUGCAAGUCUCAGAAGCUUUUUAUAUAAAAAGUGACUAAUAAGUCAAUUUCUUUAUAAAUGUUUGUUAGUAUACCACCAACCUGUAUAAAAAAUAUCAAAGCACUGUAUAAUAAUAUAUGCAUAUAUGUGUGUGUGUGUGUGUGUGUGCAUCCAAGUACAACAAAACAAAAUUCAAUAAAAACAAAAUAACAUAUCCAUUAAAAUGACUGGCUAAUCAGCCUAGGCCUGUCAGCAUAAAAAGUAUUCAAGGGACGCCUCAAAGGCAAAAGCCUAACCCUCCCCGCUCCUGUAUCCCCACCAAGCAUACAAUCCAUUUCUUUCCUAUAACGUACAGUUGAUAUGCAUAAUUUUAAACAUUUUUUUCAGUGUUUGAUGAUAUGCUAUGUUCAAAACAAUAUAUUAUAUGUGAACCAUGUAAGACAGGGCAAAAUUUCUUUCAGUAUUUUCUAUUCUUCUGUCAGAGACCUCUCCAAAAAAAUAGGCAGCAGGCCAGUGGUUCUGCCUCCACUGUCGGAGGCAGGCAGGAUGCCUCUGAAUGCCAAUGGCUGGGAAUCACAAGUGGGGAAAAGUAGUGCUGUUGUACUCGGGUCCUUCUUGUGGGCUUUCCAUUGGGCGGGUGGCGCUGUGGUAUAAAACCACUGAGCCACUUGGGCUUGCCAAGUGGAAGGUCAGCGGUUCGAAUCCCUACAACGGAGCGAGCUCCCGUUGCUCCUUGCCAGCUUCUGCCAACUUAGCAAUUCGAAAGCACGCCAGUGCAAGUAGAUCAAAAGGCACCGCUGUGGCGGGAAGGUAAACAGCAUUUCUGUGUGCUCUGGCACUCAUCAUGGUGUCCCGUUGCGCCAGAAGUGGUUUAGUCAUGCUGGCCACAUGACCAAGAAACUGUCUGUGGACAAACGCCGGCUCCCUCGGCCUGAAAGCAAGAUGAGUGCCGCAACCCCAUAGUCGCUUUUGACUGGACUUAACCGUCCAGGGGUCCUUUACCUCUUACCUUACCAGGUCGGCCUGUGAGCUAACUGGGCCUUUGGUCCAGCAAGUGGACACUUCUUAAGGUCUUGUCUUGCCAAAUGCAAGGUGGUUCUUUUAAAAUGAGAUCCAGAAGUAAUACAAAAUACAAGUGAGUGAGAUUAGAGAUUUUAUUCUACACAGCAUGCAAUAUAUACAUACCAAGCAAGCACUUCUUUCUGCCACUUGGAAGCCCUCAAGAAGUGGCGAAGCGACUCCCCAGGUAGCCUUAGUUUGCUGAUCAGCCCAUGCACGAGCUUCAAAAAUCUUGGCCCAAAACCAUCUGAUUUAUAAAUAGCUAGCCUGUUAGCCCGCGUUGGUUGCCUGACUGGCUAUGCGCAGAUCACAGUGGAUGCUCGAGAUGUGAACGUGAUCCAUGCAGGAUGCACGCUCGCAACCAGCAGCGCUCGCAACCCACGUCUGCACACACGCGGGUUGUGAUUCAGCGCUUCUGUGCAUGCGCAAAGCGCGAUUUAGCGCUUCUGCACAUGCACGACCGUCGAAACCUGGAAGUAACCCGUUCCGGUACUUCCGGGUUUUGGCGGUCUGCAACCCGAAAAAACGCAACCUGAAGCGUCUGUAACCCGAGGUAUGACAGUAUUCAUUAGCCACCUCUCCCAAUGCCUCACUUUCUUCAAACAAUGUCCAACAUCAAAAGAGGUACCCACUAAUAUCACUUCUUUCCAACGGAUUAGGGCAUUAAAGGCUGUUCUCAGCCAUCAAAGAGCUCAAAAAGAGAUAGAGAAGGGAAAGCAAACAGAGGCAGGAAGGGUAACUGUUAGAUCACUAAUUCCUCAAAAUACUGUACAAUUUAUCUUCCAGAGAUUGCCCAUAUAGGUCUUAUACUCCACCAGCUUCUCCUCAACUGUAGAAGAAAUUUACAGGCUUCUUCCGGAAGCUUCUCUCCCUAUCUGACUCUUCCCAACUAGGCCAAAGAGAUGGAUUCACGCUGGAGCUGAACACAGUCCCUUCCCUUGCCUUUCGGGACAAAGACCCUGUCAGGAAAUGGUGGGAGCCAGCCUCUAUCAUGUGAAGCCCAGUCACCUGUCGUUUCAUGAAUUUUCAAAUAUAUAAAACUCCACGCAACAACUGCUGAAGGGAGGGUGUCGGUUUUCUGCACAAUGAGCAAGAGCGCCGCCGAGAGGAAGAGAGAGAGCCGGGCGAGGCAAAGCGACGAGCAGAGACUCCUUGAGCGAGAGAAGGCGAGGAGAGCAAUGAAGAUGAUAAGGGAAGAGCGGAAGCUGGACAGCGCAUACCAAAAGAAGCACAGGGAAGACUCUUGGAAGAGGAUGCGCCUCAUGAGGCAAAGGAGGAAAGAUGCUGAAGAGGUGCUGAGGAAGGCAGGGUCCUCUCAGGCAUCGCCGCUUACGCCACACCAAACAUUUGGUAAAAGCUACAGAAAUGCAUUUCCGUGGCUCUUCCUGGGUUGAGUUUAAUGUCAUCCCUGGGUGUUUAUCACUUUGGUUGUUAAUGGUGGCCAGGAGGCAGGUGGGGGAGCGAGUUUUAUUUUUAAUUUUAUAAUAAUUGUUAUUAAUUUUCAGUUACAAUAAUCCAAUACUUGCCUCAUUAUAACAAUGCCAAAUUAUAAUACAAUUACUAAUACCAAUCAUUCAGAUAAUUAUGUGGCCCCCGCGUGCUAGAAUUGAUGGUUUGAUGAUUUACUUUAUUUCUGCAUUCCAAAAUCUUAUUAAUUUCAAUUGCACUCUGGUCAAAAUACCAAUCCCUUAUACAACAAUUGAAAUACCGUAUUUUUCGCCCUAUAGGACGCACUUUUCCCCCUCCAAAAAUGAAGGGGAAAUGUGUGUGCGUCCUAUGGGGCGAAUGCAGGCUUUCGCUGAAGCCUGGAGAGUGAGAGGGGUCGGUGCGCACCGACCCCUCUCGCUCUCCAGGCUUCAGGAGAGCCCCACCGCCAGCCCCACAAGCUCGGGGGACAGCGGGGAGGCGCAGCGCGCCUUUCCCGCUGUCUCCCGACUUGGUUAGAAGGCUGGCGGGGGGGGAAGAGGCCUGCUCCUCCCCGUCGCCAGCCCCGCAAACUUGGGGGGCAGCGGGAGGCGCAGCGCGCCUUUCCCGCUGUCCCCCGACUUGGUUAGAAGGCUGGCGGAGGGCUUCCCCCUUCUCCAGCCCCGCAAGCUCCCAGAGUGAUGCCAAAGCUGCAUGCAGCUUCGGCAUCGCUCUGGGUCCUGUUCUGGGGGCUGGCGUUGGGGGAAGCCCGAGCUUCCCCCACCCCAGCCCCACACCCGGGGGGGAAAAAUAAUUUCCCCCCCUUUAUUCCCCCCCCCCCCAAAUCUAGGUGCGUCCUAUGGGCCAGUGCGUCCUAUAGGGCAAAAAAUACGGUAUUAACAAUUUCCAUUCGUAUUGACACAUUAAAUUAUUUAUAAAACUACAGGUGAGGCACUCAAACCUAUAUCCUUGUUCUUCCUGUGUGUGGCAAUUACUCUGUCUGGCAGGGCGGGGAGUGAGUUUUAAAUUAUGUUUUACAGAUUGCUAUUAUGAGUGCGUUUAAUUUUUCUGUUACCGUGGCCUACUUUAGAAGAAAUAUUUAGUCAGACUGUUGGUCUGUUGAGCUCAGAAUUGUCUUCAGUCGAAUUCCAUGUGCAAGGAGGGGUGAAAGUGAAGAGAAACAAAUGUGGCAGAAAGAGAGAGAAAUAAAACGGGGUGCCCCACCUCCUUUUGGGCCCCAUCCAGUUUUGGCUUUCUUACUGCAGCCCUCCCUGCCCACUACCAGUACACAGCCCUUGACAGAUGACCACUGAGAGAAUUCAACACUUGCUAGGAAAAAACAAAAGGUUCCUCAUCCCUGGUCUAAAGCUCUAACCAUGGGAGUACAGUGGUACAUCAGUUCUCAAACGCAAUCUGUUCCAGAAGACCGUUUGACUUCUGAAACGUUCAGAAACAGAAGCACAAAGGGCUGGCUACAAGUUCAAUUGGAAAAAUUGAAAAACACUGCGGAAGCCGUUCGACUUCUGAGGUGCGUUCGAAAACGGAAGCAAUUACUUCCAGGUUUUCGGCGUUCGAAAAUCGAAACAUUCGGCCUCCGAGACGCUUGAAAACUCAGGUACCACUGUACAUAGUUCUGAUGUGCCUAAUCUAAGAUGUCUUUUAUUUACCGGGCACUGGAUACCACCAGAUGUCAAAAUGGAGGACCAGGACCUUGAAGAGCCUGAAACAGGGGAGAUGCCUGAGGCAGGAGGAAGGGACCUGCGUGUUGUCCAGGUUGAGACCACUGAAGAGCUGUCAAGAAGGCUGUCUCCAUUCCCAAUAAAGGAGGAACCAGAGGGCGGGUACUGUGAAACCCAUUGGCAAGGCUUCAUGCAGCCGGCACAACCCCCUCACACAGAACAUGAUGAUCCAUGCUUGCUUGAUCCUGAGUCUGAAGAGGGCCCUAGGGAUUUGCUCAUUCUGUCUGCGAAUGGAGUGACAGACACCACUCAGUGGCCUCGGAGCGAGCUUACGAAGCGAACCCUGCCAGACUUUUCAAGAGGAUCCCUCAAGGUCUGUGAGCAUCGCCUGGAUUCUCCUGCAAGAGUGAAAGAAGAGAGUCCAGACCUAGGCAGCUUGGAGGCAUGCUGCCACAACUUCAGGCACUUCUGCUAUCGAGAAGCCGAAGGACCCAUGGGGUUGUGGAGGCAUCUCCAGGAGCUUUGCUACCAGUGGCUGAGGCCAGAAGAUCACACCAAGGAGCAGAUCCUGGAGCUGGUAAUCCUGGAGCAGUUCUUGGCCAUCCUGCCCCCAGAGAUGCAGAUCUGGGUUCAAGGGCAUGGCCCAGAGACUUGCGCCCAGGCAGUGAUUCUGGCAGAGGAUUUCCUGCUUGGGUCGCAGGAGCUCGAGGAGCAGAAUCAGCAGGUGAGAACAUCUCUUUCUUUAUGAAUCCUUCAAGGGGCCUAGAGACAAUCUUUGCAGGGAGGCUGCAGAGGACACUUCCAGGUACCUGCCACUUCAGUUUAUAAUUUCAUUUCAUUUCACUUUUGAUUUGCAUAUGGUCAUUCUAUGUUACUAUAUACAAGGCAGUUCAGGAUACAAAUUUUAGAGGAAACAAAUUUUAUUGUUUUUUCUUUGUUUGUACUCCCUAUUUCAUUUUGUAAUACAAUCAUACCUUGGUUGUUGAACGCCUUGUGACUCGAACGUUUUGGCUCCCGAACACUGCAAACCCAGAAGUGAGUGUCCCAGUUUGCGAACGUUUUACGGAAGACAAAUAUCCGACGUGGCUUCUGCGGCUUCCGACUGAGUGCAGGAAGCUCCUGCAGCCAAUCGUAAGCCACACCUUGGUUUUCAAACGUUUUCGGUAGUCAAAUGGACUCCUGGAACAGAUUCCAUUCGAAAACCAAGGUACGACUGUAUGUUGCUUCUAAACUGUUAAACAAUAAAAAUAACAAUACUGGCCUAUUUUGCAGAGUUGUCAAAAUCACACAAACCGCUUUGGGUGCUUUGCUUAACAUGCUCUAUAAAUCCUUCAUUUUUUAUUUUUAGGUUAACCUGAUGUUUGAAGAGGAGGUUGCUAGCUCGCCAGAGGCAGAGGAGGAGCCAAUGGCACAACUUUACACAGAGGGACUGUGGAAAGGCAAAAGUAGAGCCAUCAUGUUGGGUAAAGAUCUGUUCCUCAAUGUGGUGUAGUGGUUAGAGUGCGGGACUACAACGUGGGAGAGCAGGGUUCAAAUCGCCACCUGGCCACGAAGCUCACAUAAGUCCCUAAAAAGAGCCUGGCAGGCUCAAGCCAAAGGCCCCUCAUAAUUUAGCAUCCUCUUCUCACAGUAAUCAAUCAAUCGCCUGCGAGAAGACCCCAAGCAGGACCUGAGCAUAACUGCACCACUCUCUACACUUGUGAUUCCCAACAAACUAGUGUCUUGCCUCAGUAUUGGACUAGAUGAGAGCCAACAGACUGAAGCUCAGUCCAGAUAAGACAGAGGCUCUGUUGGUGGGUGGUUUCCUAGACCAGAUGAUUGGGAGGUUGCCUGCUCUUGAUGGGGUUACACUUCCCCUGAAGGAGCAGGUUUGUAGCCUGGGGGUAGAUCCUAGAUCCUUUGCUGUCACUCGAGGCUCAGGUGGCCUCAGUGGCCUGGAGUGCCUUCCAUCAGCUUUAGCUGGUGGUCCAGCUGCACCACUGUUUGGACAGGGAUAGCCUAACUACUGUGGUUUAUGCUCUGGUAACCUCAAGGUUAGAUUACUGCAAUGCGUUGUACAUAGGGCUCCCUCUGAAGAUGGUUCGGAAACUUCAGCUAGUGCAGAAUUCAGUAGCCAGGUUGCUCACCAAAGCAAGAUGCUUUGAGCAUAUUACACCAACCCUGGUCUGACUGCACUGGCUACCAAUUAGUUUCCGGGCCCAAUUCAAAGUGCUGGUUUUGAUCUACAAAGCCUUAAGCAGCUCAGGACCACAAUACCUCUUCUCAUAUGAACCUAUGCAGAUCCCGAGAUCAUCUUCUGAGGCUCUUCUUUGUGUGCCUUCUCUGCAGUGGCUCCCUGUCUGUGGAAUGAUCUCCCCAGGGAAGUUCACCUGCCGCCUUCAUUAUACACCUUUAGGCACCAGGCAAAAAUGUUUCUUUUUAACCAGGCCUUUGGUUGAUCUGAUUUACAUCCUAUGCCCUUUUAAAAUGUGGGUUUUUUGCGGGGGGGGGGCGCUAUUGGGUUGUUGUUUUUAUUUUUAUUAUGUAUUUUGUGGUUUUAUAUCUUGAUUUUAUUCUGUGAACCGCCCUGAGACCCCCAGGUGUAGGGCAGUAUAUUAAUUCAGUAAAUAAAUAAAAACAUAAAAAUAUGCCACUUAUAUGCCAAAACGGCUUCUAAGAGGUAUACUGCCUCUGAUAGAGAAGAGCACCUUGGGCAAGUCACUGCUCAUUUCUCCACCAGGGUGGUUAAACUGGUGACCAUGGGCAUCAUGGUGAUCACGACGGCUCUCAGUUGUGCUGCUGGACAGGUGUUCAGGACACUGAGCUUUCACUUUUAAAAAGCAAGUUUUUAACCCUAGCGGGAAGACCAUCAUGGGGCAAAGUGUGUAGGUACUUUCUAAGCAGCUUCUGUGAAAGGAGAACCCCUAACAGCAGCCAUUUUAUGUUAUGCCACACCCUCUCCAGUUACAUUUUGUAACGGGCACCUCCUCUCAAAAUUCGAAAUGUACCCACUAGUUCAAAAAGGUUGGGGACUCCAGUUCUGUGCUGUGCUGCUAAUGUAAGUGUAAAUUGACAGACAGGAUGCUUUCAUGAGCACAUGCCCCUCUGUCUCUUCCCAAAGAUCCUUGCGUAUAAAAAGCUACCGCGUCAGAGGGAAGGCUAGGCUAGACCUCUUUUCCCUGACAUGCUAGUUUUCUGUGUGCGUGGCUUCCCCACUCCGCAUGGAGGAGCAUUCUAUUGUUUGAACCCUCCACCCACCGCCUGAAGUGAAACAGCCCAAACAGAGGCCAACCACUUCGGUGAGAAUUAGAUCUUUAGGAUGAGAAUUAUACCUUUACUCAAAAUGGUGCCUUGCAGAUCUUGAUGGACUACAAGUCCCACCAUCCCAUAUCACUGGCCAUGCCUUCUAGGCCUGAUGGGAGUUGGAGUCCGGCAGUAUAAUAUAAUAUAAUAUAAUAUAAUAUAAUAUAAUAUAAUAUAAUAUAAUAAUAUUAUUAUAUUAUAUUAUAUUAUAUUAUAUUAUAUUAUAUUAUAUUAUAAUAAUAUAGAAAUAAAUAAUUUUUUUUUAUACCCCACCCUUCUCGGUUCAGAAAACUGGGCUCAGGGCAGCUAACAACCAAUUUAAAUCACUUAAUUGAUGCAACAAAAAACAGCAUAAAAUACAGUAUAAAAUGUGAAUAACAAUAAAUUCAGAAUUCAAAAAUCAAUUUAGGGGGGAAAUACAUAAACAUUAGAUGAUCACCAGGGCUAGCUGGCUAAAUUAGUCCUAUUUGGGCCAGUGAGGAGACCAGGUGAGAAUUAGCUGUGGGAUCCCAGAGCGGGUAAUCUUCAAAAAAGGGGAGGGGGAGGGAAGGAAGGGGAAUAAAAGAUCAGGCUACGUUCAAAUUGAAAGCCAGGCAGAAUAGCUCUGUCUUACAGGCCCUGCGGAAGGAAGGUAAAACCUGCAGGGCCCUGGUCUCAUGGGACAGAGCAUUCCACCAGGUUGGAGCCAUCACUGAGAAGGCCCUGGCCCUGGUAGAGGAUAAUCUGACUUCCUUAGGGCCCGGGACCACUAAACUAUGAUUAUUUAUGGACCUUAAGGUCCUCUGCGGGGCAUACCAUGAGAGGUGGUCCCAUAAAUACGAGGGCCCUAAGCUACAAAGGGCUUUUAAGGUCAAAACCAGCACCUUAAACCUGACCUGAUACUCCACCGGGAGCCAGUGCAGCUGGUAUAGCACUGGAAGGAAGGCACGACAUUGGCUACGCCUGGCUUGUGCUGAUGUUUUAAGGGAGCUAGCAAAUAAAACCCAUUGCUUUCUCCUUUCCAGCUCAGGUGCGGCCCGAAGCGAAAAGGAAGAUGCAGGACCAAAGACAAGCCAAAUCGGGGGAGGAUUUGGCAGCGCAAGAAGGAGACCUUCAUGUGGUCCAGAUGGAGACCACAGAGGAGUUACUGGAAGGGGCAGGAGCAUUGCAGCCAAUUAAACUGGAGCCUGAGGAGGGGCAGCGAGAGCUCUGGGAAGCCCAGUUACAGGACUUCCGUAGGACAAUGCAGUCUCCUCCCUCAGGGUGGAAGAACCCACAGACCCCACCUGCCUCGGGGAAGCCUGCAGAGGAGGACAGCAGGGUCCUCUCAGCGACGAGAAGGAGCAAUGUCAGCCAGUGGCCCAAAGGACUGUGGGUCACCCAAAGGCAGACAGGCCUGAGCAGAGAAGCUCAGCAGGCUUCUGACAACGUGGACUCCUCCGAGAAAGCAGAAGAGGAGGGGCUUCUCGAGGAGGACGCUGUCAGCGUGGAGGCUCUGCGCCAGCGUUUCCGGCAGUUCCGCUGUCGGCAAGCUGAGAGGCCCCGAGACGUCUGCAAGAGGCUCUGGGAGGUUUGCCACCAGUGGCUGAAGCCGGAGAGGCGCUCAAAGGAGCAGAUCUUGGAUGUGCUGAUCCUGGAGCAGUUUCUGAGCGUCCUCCCUGUAGAGAUGGAGAGCUGGGUUAGGGAACACCGUCCAGAGACUUGUGCCCAGGCGGUGGCCCUGGCGGAGGUCUUCCUCCUGAGGCCACAGGAGCCCAAGAGACAGGAGCCCAAGGUGGGUGUGCCAGCCUUUGGGGUCACCCCAGCCACCUCCAUUAAAGGCUGUAGCUCAGUCAUAGAGCAUCAGUCCCUAGCUUGUCCAGUAUAGUGUUGGCAAAGAUCUCCCAGUGUGGCUUGGAGAGUAUGCUGCCUGGAGAGCCGUGGCCAAUCAGUGUAGACAGUAUUGAACUAGAUGGACCAAUGGUCUGACUCAUUAUACGGCAGCACUGUAUGUUCCCAUCUUAAUAGCAUGCCCGCCUCUUUUACAAACUUUCCUCCUCAGAUAGCCCCCAGAUGGAGGAAUGUUGUGUGGGAAGAGGGCAAGAGCUACCAGAGCACAAAGCAGCUUCCAAGUGCCUUAUCUAGAACCUUGAGGGCUAGAAUCUUACUUUACAAAGGUAAAAUUUGUAUUGGUUGCUCUGCCCACUUUUGCCUCUGGCCCGCCCACCACUGAUCUCAGAAGGCUGCUCAGGUGGGAAUUUGAGCCCUUGGGCUGAAAAAAGUCCCUCACCCCACAUAGCUUUUAUUAUUAUUUAUUAUUAAGAAAAGUUUAACUGAACAAUGUUGUCAGAGUUGCUUCCAGAUCCUAGCUCACAGAGGAUCACGCUAGCCAGCGAUCAUUAAAUAAAAGUCUUUAUUGAGUUACAGUUUCCAUUCUCAAGCUGCUGCGUGCAACCCUACGUCUAAUGGUUAGAUCGGCGUAGCUCCAUCUGAGUCUCCGCCCCUUGUACACCAACUUAAUAUCCUAGCCUUGCUCCACCUUUUCCGCCUGACUGUUCUUCUCUGGGUCCCUCUGCCCCCCGGGGUCUCUUCCUUCCGGGAUUCCUCUGACGCUGACGCUGACCCCCCUGACUCUUCUCCCUCCUUUCGGCGGGCUUUAGGACCUGGCUCCCUUUCCGGGCUGCCUACUGCGCCACUUUCCUGUGCAUUUGAACUUGGGCGCGCGCCCAACCUUCCACCUUCCGUCUGACCGUUUCUUCGCUCCCCGAUGGAGGUGUGGCCACUCCUGACUCGUGCCCUCCCCCCUGUUGUGAGCUGCCAGCGCUUGAUCCCUGGCGCCCUUCCUCUUCCCUGCUCUCUGGCGGUGACGCUGGUCCCGAUUUCCAACUGCUCCCCUCUGAGUCCCCUCUGGCUCUAUCUUCCUGGGGUGUCCCCCUAGGCUCCCCCCUUGCCCUGGCCACUGGUGCUCCUUUCUGUGAAUCUUCUGAUUCACUGGAAAGACUCGGAGAUCUCGGGUCGUCGUCAUCACUCAUCUUUUCUUCUGCCUCCUCCCCCUCGCUCUCUGUUUCCUCCCUUGCCCUUGCCUCUGCUCCUGAACCCCUGACAAAUGUCAAAUAAAAAUAAAGCUAUACAGUAUUAUAUCAUUGCAAGAGUUAACAGUUCCAGUUCCAUAUAAAUGCUUAUCUAAUUACUAUUAUUACUAUCCAUAUACAUAUAUGUUUAUUUUUAACCUGCUAUAUUUUGUAUAAAUGCAUUCCAAAUGUCAUUCCACUUGUCCAUGCAAAGUCUACGUCCGUAAACAAUCCAUUCAUAACUUGCACGUCUAGUCAUAUCUACUGAUUAAAUGGAGCUGUCCAGUUGUCAAAUUCCAUAUAGCAGGCAUGUUGUUCAAAAUAAUAGAUUCCUCUGAAACUUUUAACGUUUUCCACAGGCAUAUUCAUAUCAUCCACUAUUAACUUAGCUUGACAUUAUGUUUCUAUGUGCUGUAUAAAGACCUCAAAGGUAUUUCUCAAUAUCCCAACGUAAUUGAAUUCGAAUGUCUGAUUAGGGUAAAAAAAGCAGGCUUAAUUGUUACCUUCAGACCAUUUCAAAGCUUUAUGUGGAAAUUAUUUUUAUUGUAUUGUUUUCCGAGACAUAAUGGCAAAAUAGAACAGAUUUCCCUUCCAUUGUUCACAUUUUAAGGGGCGGGUGGUAGAGGUUGGAGACACUAAAAGCUAUUGACGUACUAACUUUAGCAUGCUUGAAGAGCUCUGCAAAUAAAUAGAUGUACUUUUUAGGGAGAGUCCCUUGGGAAAAAAGGUAUAUUGCAGCUUCAAUUGGCGUUGAAUCCACCCCAAACACCCAGUUUGUUUGGGAUUUUGUUAGCCUUAUGCAGCUAUUUCCUGAGUCAAGCUGUUGGUGCACCUAGCUCAGUCCUGUCUACACAGACUCUACAGCAGCUCUGAAAAUUUUCAGCCAGGGAUCCUUUUCUCAUCCCUGCCUGGAGAUGUCUGGGAUUGAAUCCGCAACCUUUUGCAUGCAAAGUAGAUGCUCUACCAUUGAGUCCCUCCUCAUUCAUCCAUUACAUUACUGCCUAAUUGAGGGGGGUGGGUGUGUUUCUAAAAGUGUGAAAUUUCCCGUGGAAAAAUAGAGCAGCAGACAAUUUAGUCAUUUUGUUUAGAUAUUUGUAAUCACACAAAAGUCCAUCCGACGUUGACCCUGGUUCCUGAUUUGCACUGUGACUGCCACUUGAUUUUUCCUCUAGGCCAGAGAAGGUCCUAGUCCUUUGUCAUUUGCACUUUGUUCACUGAACAAGAGAUGCCUAUUUGAAUUGCAGGUGCUGUUCCCACCAGAGGAUGAGUUGAAUUCUCUGGAGUCAUCUGGAGCCCCUUCAGAUUCCCCAAAGACGAUGCAGAGGCUCCCCCUGGAGGCCAAAACGGAGGAUGACGUGGACAUCAACUUACUAAGUAAGGCUUCUGGUGCCUGAUUCAUUGAUGUUUCAACAUUUCAAAGGUCAUUAAACCAUGGCUUUUGCACUUGUGCUGGGGAAGUAGGAGUGUGUGAGGAGGGGAUGCUAAACCUUGUCCCCUUCAAAGCAACCCUUAAGUAGAUUGCUUUUCCCCAGAGCUGCCGUUAGCUGCAGAGAAGGAAAAAUGUAAACCUACCGUAUUUUUUGCUCUAUAAGACUCACUUUUCCCCUUCUAAAAAGUAAGGGGAAAUGUGUGUGCGUCUUAUGGAGCUGGCUGCACAGCUAUCCCAGAAGCCAGAACAGCAAGAGGGAUUGCUGCUUUCACUGCGUAGUGAUCCCUCUUGCUGUUCUGGCUUCUGAGAUUCAGAAUAUUUUUUUUCUUGUUUUCCUCCUCCAAAUACUAGGUGCGUCUUGUGGUCUGGUGCGUCUUAUAGAGUGAAAAAUACGGUACAUAUUUUUCUCUCUGCAGCUAACAGAAGCUCCUGAGCGGUGAGGGGUGUGACCUGAUUGGGGCUAUGGCACAGAGGAAAAGUCUCCCACAGCUGUACAUAGAUAGAUAGAUAGAUAGAUAGAUAGAUAGAUAGAUAGAUAAAAAGAUAAAGGUAAAGGGACCCCUGACCAUUAGGUCCAGUCGUGGCUGACUCUGGGGUUGCAGUGCUCAUCUCGCUUUAUUGGCCAAGGGAGCCGGCGUACAGCUUCAGGGUCAUGUGGCCAAUAUGACUAAGCCGCUUCUGACGAACCAGAGCAGCGCACAGAAACGCCGUUUACCUUCCUGCUGGAACAGUACCUAUUUAUCUACUUGCACUUUGACAUGCUUUCAAACUGCUAGGUGGGCAGGAGAUAGAUAGAUAGAUAGAUAGAUAGAUAGAUAGAUAGAUAGAUAGAUAUGGUGGGAGUUUGAAGAUCAUAUAGUUUGUCCCCAAGGAUGUGAGGUUCAAGUAGUAAGCCAGGAAGUCCCUAGUUUGCAGUUCUCAUAGAAUUAUAGAGUUGGACAGUACCCCCCCAAGGCUCAUCUAGGAAUCUCAGCUAAAGCAUCUAUGACAGAUGGUCAUCCAAGCUCUGCUGAAAAACCUCCAAGGAAGGAGAGUCCACAUCUGCAGAGCUAGUCCCCAUAUCUCCGUGAAGGUCAUUGGGUUGCCCCAGGCCAGCUGCUCUCUUUGAGUCACAUAGGCACAUCAGAAGUUCCCUUGUAACAAGUCAGCCCAUUGGGGUCUCCAAGGCUGCAGAAAGAAGCCUCUCCCAGCCCUAUUUGAAGAGUCCAGGGAUUGGACUUUUACAGGAAACCAGGCAGAGGGCCUUCUCGGUAAUGGCACCCACCCUGUAGAACGCCCUCCCACCAGAUGUCAAAGAGAACAACUACUACCAGACUUUUAGAAAAUAUCUGAAGGCAGCCCUGUUUAGGGAACCUUUUAAUGUUUGAUGCAUUACUGUAUUUUAAUAUUUUGUUGGAAGUUGCCUAGAGUGGCUGGGGAAGCCCAGCCUGAUGGGCGGGGUAUAAAUAAUAAAUUAUUAUUAUUAUUAUUAUUAUUAUUAUUAUUAUUAUUAUUAUUGUUAGGGUUAGGGUUAGGGUUAGGGUUAGGGUUAGGGUUAUUAUUAUUAAACCUGAGACCUUCUGCAUGCAAAACAUUUUUUGAAAAAAAUAUUUUGGAAUGUUUUUGAGCAACUGAAAGUGCUUAAACGUUCUUUAAUAAAAUUCACUCUUGGCUCAGAGACCAAAAGGAAAGUGGCCAUGAAUACCACAGCCUCUUCCAUGUCAGUAAAGGUAAAGGUAAAGGUAAAGGGACCCCUGACCAUUAGGUCCAGUUGUGGCCGACUCUGGGGUUGCGGCGCUCAUCUCGCUUUAUUGGCUGAGAGAGCUGGCGUACAGCUUCAGGGUCAUGUGGCCAGCAUGACUAAGCCGCUUCUGGUAAACCAGAGCAGCACAUGGAAAUGCCAUUUACCUUCCCGGUACCUAUUUAUCUACUUGCACUUUGAUGUGCUUUCGAACUGCUAGGUUGGCAGGAGCAGGGACCCAGCAAUGGGAGCUCACCCCAUCACGGGGAUUCAAACCGCCGACCUUCCAAUCGGCAAGUCCUAGGCUCUGUGGUUUAACCCACAGCGCCACCCAAAUGAAUACCACAGCCUCUUCCAUGUCGCUAAAGCAAGAUUAAAUUUGGACUCUGGACAGCUCCCAGGGAGCUCUGCUAGCUGAACACAGGAAGGUUGGCUCAGUCAUCUGAAGCCUUCAAAAGCCUGACAGUACUUGAACUUUCCAGGUUACUGCUUCUUUUAACCUUUACCUUUUACUAUGUUAACAGCUGAAGUGCUGGACUAGGUUUCAACUUCUCCAAGUCCGAGUUUAAUUGAAACUAUUCUGGGUUCAGGACAGACAGAGCGUUUAUUUGACGAACCAUGAUAGCAAAUAAGGGGAGAGCCAUAGCCAGGUAGCAGUGCAUCUAUUUUGAGUGCAGAAGGUCCCCAACUCAGCAUCUCAAAGUAGCACUGGGAAUGUCCCCUGAAUGAAACUUUGGAGAGCUGCCCCAGUCAAAGCAGAUUGUUUCUCUCAGCAAAAGGCAGCUUCUUAUGUAAAGCGAAUUCUGCCACAAAUGUGACUUGAACAUUCUCACAUCGCCAGGCCCCUCUUCCCUGCCUCUUCUCACUUACUUCAACCUUCCAUGAUCCAAGCAAUUUCUUCCUGCCCUCCCCUCCAAACACAAACCCCAAACACAAUUCGCCCCACAUCAAUUUUGACAUCCUUGCAGAUCGGUACAUACAGAUGAACGUGUGCUUCAACGUGGAAACUCGAGAACUGCGGAAGAGGCUCCUGGCCAGGCAGCGCCAGAGACGCCACAGAGCGCGGCAGACCCCGGAGCAGCGGCUGCAGCGUCGGCGCGUCGAAGCUGAAAGGAACGCGCGGCGCCGGGCUACUGAAACCCCCGAACAAGCGGCGGUUCGCAGGCAAAAGGAUGCGCAGAGGAAGUUGCAAAAAAGGAAGUAUCCCCUUGAUGCCCAUCCUCUGGCUGUUCUUCAGACAGACUCUUGUGAGACCUUGGCGGGGGCAGAAGAUGCCAUGAUCGCCCCCAGCGUCCUUGCCAUUGGAGAAGUCAGCAAAGUAGCUGAGAACAGCUGCAGUUCCCUGGCCCUUCCCACCUUCUGACAUUGCACCAAAUAUUUAUCUGGAUGAACAGGGCUAGAGGAAUCCCAGGCACUGGGUCGCCGGGGCACACAGAUAUUUGAAAUACUUUUCUAGCUCUGUUGGAGAAUGUAUACACUCAGCCAUAAGGAAAGUUAACGUUUGAUUGUGUUGGAGGGAUAUCAGUUCUAGCGUCUUUCGCCGUGUUUUAACUGUGUUUAAUUUAUCUGUGUUUUAAUUUAUCUUUUGGAGUUUGUUAGUUGCCCAAGAGCUGACAUGAAAUAUACAUGCAUAAUAAAAACUUAUUUUUUAUUUAUUAUUU